AUCUGUUGUAGUUAAACACCAGCAUCACCAUGGGCGUAAUUGUCUCGUUCCUCUCUCCACCGAUCUUCGUGUCACCAUUUCUCUUCCACUAUCACUCUAUUUGAUAAUGCAAUCCAAAAACUCAAUGAUACAGACCUAAAUCUCUGUGUCAUCUCACAUAGGAGAUUGAGAUUCUCUGAGUCACAUAUAAUUUAAUAUUCGUCGACUGAUUAACAACAAUUGAGAACUGAAGCAACGACUAAUUGAUAUUCGACAAUGCCGGAGUUCGCAAUUCUUGAUCAACAUAAUAGGCAGUUACGAUCAAGUUACGACGGCGGCGGCGGCGGCGGUGGUAGAGGUGUUAGUCCUGACUCUGUUAUACACUCCGUCGAGUCGAGCCUCAGUCUCUUCUCUUCUUCGGCUUCCGCUUAUGCUAGCAUUGAGCGUUGUUCAUCUACCUCCGAUGUCCUUGAUCACGAAUCGUUCGUCUCCGAUAUGUCUUUGCCUGGAGGUUUCCGUGGUUCUUCCUCAGCGAGGAGUUCAGAUCCAGAUCCAAACAAGAAUUCCAAAGUACAUGACAAUGGAGGUCCCUACCUGAUAGGAAAAAGGGUGGAAAAAGCACAAGCUAUAAAAGAAUACAUUGAUGCAGAAACUGAUGGAGAAAAUCAGUCUCUAUAUUCAGCAAGAAGCUCCUUCUCUCAUACCCCUAAAGAAUGCCAAAACCGAAAGUCAAAAACUGAAAUUCUACUAAGGAAGCCAGACAGAAGAAGACCUGCAUCUUUGGAUCUGAAAAUCAGACGAUGA